UCACCAAAAUGCGAAGUACUGUAAUUUACAUUGUGUUUCAUUGUAUCUUAUAGGUCUGCGAAUUGUGACAAGGUUUCUUUCUUCUCCUUUUUUUUUUUUUUUUUUUUUUUUUAACACGCACCUCCAGCAGCUGGAGAAUCAAACGGUUAUUCAUGCUGUUCCAUACAAAUACGUACCGGUCAAGUCGUCGGAAACAGUGCUUGUGGAUUUCUGUGCGAUCCGACUGUUGAAAAGUGCGCUGGAAAAUCGUUGUCCUCGUAUAUUAGAUAGCUUAUGGUAAGCUAGCGCUAGCAGGGGAAAAUGGUGUGCUUCGGACGUGACAGCCCUACUACAGAGUCUUCUCCGGUGGAAACUACGCUGCUGGGCUUUGUGAAGAUACACUGUCGCCAGAUAAAUGUGGCAGUAAGUAGUGGUGGAAGUGAUUCCUGCCAAUCCAGUGACACAACUAGUGUUUCAGAACCAUGCUCACCAGAAUGUCCAGCUUCUCCAGGAACACCUCAGCCUAUGCCUCCUCUGCCAGCUUCUCUGUCAGAAGAAACCAAUGACAACUGUCUGCAUAGCAGUGAGGAGUUUGACAGUAUUGACUAUGGUGUUUUAUCAGUCACAAAUUGUUCUCAGGAGGAUGCAUCUGAAUACUUGAGUACUAAUCAAAAGGACAGUCUCCUCCAAGGUGAUCAACCACAGCCUAAGAAGGUGUCUGAUUUCACUGAAUGUCCUGUUGAAAAAAAAGAUUCUAAUGAUAAAAUUAAUUCCUCCAAAGUAUCAUCAAAGGGACAUUUUAUGACAAAAAUUUGUAGUGAGACUACGAAUAAUGCCAUCAUUGCUUACAAGACAUUAUCUGUUAAAGAAUGGGAAGAACCUGAUGUCAGAAAUAAUCAUACUGUAUAUUCACACACUUCAUCUUCUACUCAAGGUCUCAGUACCUCAUCACUCUCUAGCCAAUCACCAAUUAAUGCCUCAUUACACUGUAGCCAAUCCCCUACUGCCUCUUCAUCAAUUUCUAGCCAAUCAACUGCCAGUUCUAAAGCCCAAUCAUCAUUAGUAUGUAAAUGGUUAAAUUGUGUUACUGAAGUAAACUGUCCAAGUGAGCUUGUGGAGCACAUCCGUAUCAUCCAUGUUGAAACUCAGAAAGAUGGAGAAAAUUUUACAUGUUUGUGGAAAGGGUGUAAAGUGUACAAUCGGCCAUCAUGCUCUCUUAGCUGGCUCUACAGACACAUGUUAACUCAUGGAGGAAACAAGCCUUUCAAAUGUAUCGUUGACGACUGCGGACAAAGGUUUACUUCUCAGAGUGCCUUAGAAAGGCAUGUCAACUCUCACUUCAACAGCGCACCACCAUCUAGCGCAAGCAAAAACAGCCGAGCCAAGGAUGAUAGCCCUAGUAAGUUGGUCAGAAAGAGGAAGGUUCGAUAUCGUCAAAGAUGUUGGGCAGCUGUCAAAACGGAAGAUUUUUUCGAUGCUGGGGUAAUGGAACAUGUGCAACACGAACUUAUGGAACUGAAUGCAGCUACUCAGGUGGACGUACAGGAGACACCUGGAACAAUAACAUUCCGUAGUAUUGUUCAGGGGCAACGAGUAGAAAAGUCUGGGAAAAUCACAAUGUUGUUGCAUUGGUUACCAGAACAGAUUUUCCCAGAUGAAUGGGUUUGUGAGUCAAAAGUUGCCCAGAUGUCCCAUCUUUCCAUUCCAGUUACACUUCUACCUCGUGAUGCCUUAGACAUGCUACAUCCGUCUCUGUCAGCAUUUGCUCCACGGAAAUGCAAACGAAAGUGAUUCUGGAUGCUAACAUAGAACUACAGUAAAUUUCUUUGAUUUCUGUACUGUCUCUAGUGGUCAGUAAAUACUUGAUCUCACUCUCCAAGUUAUAUCUUUGCAACAUAGUGUUGCUGAACAAGUAAAUGCUGUGUAAACAGUUGUGUUUUGAUCAUGAAUUAUCAUACUAUAGUGUCAAGUGUGGUACCUUGUGAGUAUUAUCACCACACCUGGAGUUAGUGUUCUUGUAAGAAAACAGAUUAAAAAUAAACAUAUUUUCUAAAUUAAUUGAUUUAUCAGUUAUGUACAAAAUAUUUUAUUUUGAUGCAAGAUGUUAAAGCUUUUUAAUCAAACAGGAUAUUUAAGGAGAUAAUAUGGAUACAUUAAGAUGUAAAAAUACAGUAAGUUACCUUAAUAACAGUGUGUUAAACGGUGCAGUACAGAAGGUCUAAUAAUGCCACUUACUUGUUGUAAUAUUGUAUAGUGUAGAGGCAUAAUUUGCAAAGAAAGUUUCUGGUUGUUGUAUUUAAUGAAACCAAAAUGUAGACCAACAACAUAAUGCACUUUUUUAGCUUACAUCAAACGUUUGUUGUAGCUUGUACCUAACUGUAUGUUUUUGAGAUUAUUUCAGUAUUGUGGGUAAUUGUUCCAUUUUACUAUAGUUUCUUACAAGUUAUUUUGAUAAUAUCUUAAAAUCUUAUUUAAUAGUUACUUUGAGGCAGCAUAGACAUUGAAUGGUUAGAAUUUCUUGUUGAAUACUUCUGUUUUGGGAAUUUAAGGUGGACAACAUUUUAGAUUUUAUAUGAAGGUCUUUUUCGGGGUUUAAACAUCAUCCACCUCAAGCAGCAUAGCAAGAACAUCCUAACCUUAGAGAAAAUUCAACUUUACAACGUGUUAAAGUACCAAAGGAUGUUUCUAUCCUGAUGUGGACAAGGUAUCUUUGGUAAUCUUCUUACAAAAGUAAAUCAUAGAUGUUAUAACAAUAAGUUAGUUUUGUUUAAUUGUUACGUAGGUUUUGUAGGCACUAUAUUCUAAGUUUACUUUCACUUCUUUUUAAAUAGUAAGAUUUUCUAAGAUGCUUUUAUGUACAGGGGCCCAGUCCAUGACAUUUUUAGAAGUUCUGAUCUUCUUAAAUCAUGAAAAUUAACUUACAUUUUUUAUUCUGUUUAUACCCUGCUAGCAUAAUGUGUUCUUUAGUUAGCUAAAUUUUAACUUAGAGUAAUGUGCUUCUUUAUAUUUAGGCCAUUAUGGUAUUAGGAAGUUAACCUUAACUAGUAAUUUUUGUAUUACACAUACAUAUGAUGUUGUAUUCUAUUCACAUUAACUAGUUUUAUUUACUUUAAAUGAAGUAAUGAAAAAUUUGCAUCAUGUAUGGCUACCAUAACAAUGCUCGGUUCUUGAAGAAUUUCAGUAGUUUGUAUUGCUCAUAUGCUGCAAUAUAUGUAUAGGUUUCUUUGCAUGGGAUGGUAGUAGGUUAUAAAGCAGUAAAUAUUUUAGUAAAGCCUAUGCCUAUUAUGAGUAAAUGUUUCAUUCCUAGAAUGUGUUAAUCUGUAGGAAACAAAUUUCACUACCCAAGUUCAUCACCAACAAGUUUUUAAUAAAACUGUGUUAAUUUAGUUCAAUGCUAUACUUACAAGUUAUACCAGUAAAUUUCACCAGUGGAUUUUGAUGUAGUUCAGAAUUUUGUUCUAAUAUAAAUUUCAAUAAUCCUAUUGUUUUUCAGUGUUACUAACCAUGCUACUUGUGUAUAAAUUUGUCCUGUUUUAGGGUCAGCUUUAUCAGUUGUGUGUAUAUGCUUAUUCAAAAUUACUGCUCAAGUUUGAUAAUAAUACAAAAAAUGCUGCUCCACCUUACUUCAUCAUGGUUGGUAUUUUCACAAAUUGAUAAGCUGACAAGUAAGUAAAUAGAACAUGACAUUGAAAUUUCAUUUUAAUAAAUUGUUUGAUGAUGUUACAGUGAUUAAAUGUACUUCUAACUGUAUUUUACAGUUGAAAAUUUAACAAGAGUGUAAUUUUAUAAGAUCAGUUUGUUAAAACAAUGUUUGAUUUGGUAAGAUUUCUGUAUAUUUCUAUCUCCACAGUCAAAAAUAUUGAGUGAUAACUUGCCAUGAUUCUAGCAUGGUCAUGGCAAGUGUUUUUGAUUUUGUUUAGAGGGAGGCCAAGUUUGUUCCAAAGCUAGAAAGGAUAGUUUAAAAUAGAUUUUUUUUUACAAUGAUCCCCAGUUAUGAUAAAGUAAGUCAAUGCCUUUACUGCCUUCUGCUGAAAUGUCAUGUAAAAAGAAUUCCCAGUUUUUCCAUUUUCUUCAGAUAUGUCAAACUGGAUCUUUCUGAAGGAGACUCAAAUACCUUACCAUUGUUCUAAAAUGUUGAUAACCCAUUAGUUUUGCAGAUACAUGUAAUUGUAGAAAGAACUUGCAACAUGUUUGGAAGCAAAGAACAUUAUAUUUCUUGUAAAAAAAAAGGAAAAAAGCUUGACUACACUCUUGGUAUGAUUCUAUAAAUAUUAGUAGCUUUUCCUAUAUCUACUACAACUUACAAAUCAAUCCUGUGAUAUAGCCUUACCAUACUAUGUUUGUGUGUUACCUGUGCUUACAAAUAUGGUAGCCUUUGUAUGCUAUGUAACAUGAAUGUUCCUGUAAAAUAUUUAGUCACUGAAAAUGCUACAUACUCUAGGAACAUUACUAGCUUUUUAAACUGUAAGAUUAAUAGGCUCAAAUUUCUAUUGCUUUAGUAUUUUUGAGUUAUACUUCGUGAUGAAGAUAUAUAUGUUUAUUGUGUUUUUUCUUUCUGUGGUAUGAAAAUAUACUUUUCAACAAAUGCAUUAGACACUAAUCCUUUUGGUUUAAAUAUUUAUGGUCUGUAAAACUGUUAUCACAGGUUCUUAAGCUAAUCAUUGAUGAUUUAAUACACUUGAAUGUAUACUUGUUUAAAAUAUGAACUUUAAAAUGUGUUUAGGAUUUAAAAUGUUAUAUGGUAUGUAAAACUCAAGACAGUGAAUUGUGAUCUCUUUUGGGGUAGCACAGAUGAUAAAACUGGGCCAGUUAAGAAUGUAUUUUUUCAGCCAGUCUUAUUGUGAUGUCUUAUUACAUGUGUUACCCUGUUGAAAAUGAGAUUAUACUUGGUGGAAAUAUUCAUGAGAAUAAUUUGAAGAGGACUACACAAGUAAUAAAAAUCAUAUUGAUAUCUAAGAGUAUCCAAAGUUGUAGUAAUAAUUUCUACAUGUGAGGUAACCAUGAAACUUGUACAAAAAAGUUGUUACCCUGUUCAUUAGUGUGAAGUAUCAUUUAUAUGUAAAUCUGAGGAGAUGAGAGGCACUUAUUUUAUGUGUGUGUGUGUGUGUGUGAGUAUGAGAGUGAGAGAAAUGUAGACAAUCCCACUGCCAGGAGCAGGAAGGGAAGUGUAGAAAUAUACCCAACUGUGUUCAGAGUAAAUGAAAUGAUGUUGACAAGUACUGCCUUUAUUUAUAGACUAAAGAUUUAGCUAACAGCUAACAAGACACUGCCAUUCUUAGUCGAGGGAGAUUAUCCAUUUUGGCUAAUUCAUUUUUCCAAUCAGAUAUCCUAGUGUAGCUUAAUCAACCUAAUUGAUAUUAUAUGCAUUUAUAUAAUUGGUCAUUUCUAGAGGUGUCAUCGUCUGUUAGGUCUGUUUUAGUUCUCAAGUUAAUUUAAUUUCUUAAUAAACUCUAUUUCAUACUAAGAACAUGUUUAUUAUUUCAGAAAGCUUAUAGCACUGAUUCCACUGUAACCUGUUAUUUCAGCAAUUGCUUUCCCUCAAUGAUUUUCAAAAGGCUUAUUUUCUUAUUCUGCCUCAGUGUAGCUUAUUAACAUACCAGUCUCACUGCCACAAGUCCAGUUCUUCAGAAACCUGAUUAGGUAACUUUAGAUCCAUGCGGUUUUUAUGGUACUGAUAGCACUUUAGGAAAGUCCAUCCUUCCAGAAACCUUUUUUAAAUUACUUAUAUAGCUUGUCAAGAUACAGUUGCCAUUUAGACUAACUCAGUUCUCCAAAGAUUUUGUAUGAAUACUAUAGUUUGGUGUAACUUUCCAAGGUAUUAAUCUCACUUAAAACGAAAAAAACAAGCUCUGCAGGGAAUUAAUUUUCAGAGAGUUAACAUGUAAUAAAUGUUAUAUUCUCCUAGGACCCAUCAUUUACAGUAAGCCAAGCUGUUCAGGAAGAUGAAAGAAAGCUCAGUUUUUUAGAGACACUAAUCCUAAUGUAAGAUACUCACAUUUUUCAGACAGAUAAUCCCACAUUAGGCAAGCCUAGUCAUUUAGAAGCUAAAGUUACUGUACAGGAAUCUGCCUCUCUUGAAAGUUAAUGAAUAUAUAAACUUUCAAGUAUUAGUUUUGCCAUGAAAAUAGUAACGCUAUUCCUCAAAGGUUUUCUGGUAAAGAGUAGUCAUAUUGUUUAAAAACUUCAGCUCAAUUUCAGGGUAAUUUGAUUUGUUAAAAACUUACGUUAGUCACUAGAUUUUAAACCAGUCUCACUCUGAAAAACGUUUCUUCAACAUCUUCCACAAUAGAUUAAACUUGUCCAAAUUGAAACAUAGAAUUCAUAGAAGCUGUAUCCCACUGUAAACUAAUACAGAAAUCCAGUGAAUUCAACCAAAAUCAAGAUGAGUUUUCUAAGUUUAUAUUGCUCAUGUAUAGUUUAUUCAGUGGAUGCCACUCAGGCUCUCGCAUGUAGUGUUUUUCUUGGGGAAUGUCCAUGUCUUUUAAGUCUUAGAAAAAUGCAUGUUUACUUAGGUAUGAUUUUUUUUUCUUUAUUGCAUGUUUAAAAUAAUAAUUUCAUAACUGGACCACAUUUUUAAAAUUUAGAUAAUAAGCAAAUUUGGGAAGUAGAAAUUUUCUUGUACUUACUAAUUAUUGCAAUGUUUCUGUGAUUAAUAAGAUUAUAGUAUCUUGCAACUGUAUCUCCUCCAUUAGAUUUACAGUUUUGUACAAAAAUAAUGGGUUUUUCCCAACAGUGCUGGUUCAUCAACCGUUUGUGUAGUUGGCAUGUAAGUUGUACAUAAAAAUGUGUGUUUUGUUUUCACAUGCAUCUCUGGGGUUGGUCACUCAGAAAGAAAAGUUACCACCAGAGGCUUCUUCACUUCUAAAAUUGUAUAGAAUGUGAGGUCGUCUGAGAUCUCGAAUGGGUAUCUAGUGGCCAGACUUCCUCAAACUCGAAAAAAGCAUAGAUAUGGCACUGAAAGUUCAAAUAGCACGAUUGCUUUGGUGUACAAAAUUUGUACCUGCUGGAGGUUGAUACUUCAGUUGCUUGGUUUUGUAAUGACUGCCAGAUUGAUGUUAUUUUUGAAACCUCAUGUAUAUAUGUUAUUGUAGUUGUAUGUUAUUAUUUUGUACCUGUAAUGUUUGUCUUUGUGGUAAGUUAAAAUAUAGUUAGCCUGUUACAGUUCCUGCACAAAGAAAGAAACUGUACCUGGAACAGUAACUGUGCUAAAUAUUUAACCUAUGGUGCACCUUUAUUUUCACAUCCUGUAUUGUCUAAAUGCGAUGAUUAAAAUCACACACUGUAAUUCUGUUUCUGAGUGGUUGUUAUUUUAUUUUUCCAUUUUGAGAACAUAGCAAUGCUAUUUAAAUGACUUACUCUAAAACGCUGUUGAGUGGUUAGUUAAUUGAUUUAUAAGAGGAAUACCAGAACAUUACUAUUUAGACAUUGUUUCAGCUAAAAUUUUUAACUUGAUUAUUCUGCAAUGUAAACAGAGCGUGAACCAAAUCAGCAUAUAAAAACUAAAGCAUGUGAAAAAUAUAUACUGUGCAUAUUAUUUCAGAAUUUUGCAGA